GGUCAGUGUAAAAUGGAGUCCAGUGAGUGGAUCUCCUCUUGUACAACGUAGUAUAACCAGAGCAAACAACGUGAUACCAGAUCGUCGAGCACAAGUAUCAGUAAUAGCAGUAAUAGCUGCAACCAGGUGGUGUACUAGAAGACGUUGCCAGUUGACACACAUCGAGGCUCGUUAGUGGCUGAGUGACGAUGCCUUGGCUACUUCCGGACGAGACUCGACCAUCCUCUGUCGACAGAUAAUAAACACACACACACACACACACCCACGCCGCUUACAAUCAUAAAUAUAUAUAUAUAUAUAUAUUUGGUGGAUAUUGAGGAUAUAAGAGAGUGUCCCCGCACUCUCUCCAGAUUGUAGACCAUGUCUGGGCCGACGUCAGGCUCGAUCUCGAGUACGGUCGCGGGCCAAAUAACAAGCACCCUUCUGCCAACAGUUACCAAGAUUGACGCAAGGGAUGACUCAAGCUCCCUAUCUGUUGUGAUUGCCUUCUCGAUAGUUUGCGUCCUCGCUCCGGUGACCAUCACAAGCAACACCAUGAUCCUAGCAGCCUUCUACAGAUACAAGAGACUCAGGACCGCUUCGAACUGCCUCCUGGCUUCUCUCGCGGUCAGUGACUUCGGGGUUGGGGUUUUCAUUCCCUUUGGUGUAUACAUGGAACAAUUAGGACCACCGGAAACAGGAGUUUCGAGUAUUUGCAUCCUUCCGUACUGCAUAGUAAUCGCUCUGUGCAGUGUCAGUGUACUCGUCACCGUGGCAAUAGCUGUCGAUCGGUUGACAUCACUUGCUCAACCACUUCGUUACAAAAAUAUCAUCACUCACAGCAGCGUUGAAAAGUACAUCGCCGUGUUCUGGAUCUACGCUAUCGCGAUUGGACUUUCGCCGCUUAUAUAUGCAUACAUUACGGGAUUCCCGCCAACCAAUGGUGGAAGCUGUCGUUUCGGAGCGGCAAUUCAGCCACCGGUUCGUGUAUUUCUAGUGGUUGCAGUUUGGGCUCCAAGUGCUUUCGUUUUGCUCGGCUGUUAUAUAUAUGUUUACCUCGUUGCACGUUCACACGCUCGGGCAAUCUACACUGUUGAGCUGUCAUUCAGACAUCAAACGCAGACACUGGCACUACCGCGUUAUGGCCAAACUUUAGCGGCAACUGUUGGAGCUUUUCUCGUUCUCUGGCUGCCUUUUCAGGCAUGCAUGCUGCUUGACGUAUUCUGCGGUACUAGUAUCCUGUCAGAGUGGACAAUUGUUUGGCUGGGUCUACCAAUUCUCGCUCACAGCGGCGUAAAUCCCUGGAUCUAUGCGUUUCAUCACGGCGAAAUGCGCGUAGCAGCUGGUAAAAUAGCGGAGGAUGUUGUAACGCGCUUUGGCAUUCAUCCAAGCCGUUAUGGAUGCUCCCCGGUAGCUCGUGGUGGUUCAAAUCUGGAGCUCGGUGCGGUAAACAAGAAUCACGAGGAUCGUCGACCGCCUGUUGAAGAUUGCUUUGCCGCAAAACAUCAGAAUAAUUUUUACCCCGUAAGAGAGCGACGAUCUGAGACGACCAGUAAUAACAUUGAGAUUUCUCCGGAGGGCAAUGAAUCCGGGAAGCGAUUCUCCCAGUACGAGUCUGCAGUCGAUGUGAUCGAGGAGGACGUUCACGACCUUGCUAAAAUGCUCGGAGCAGAAUAUGCCGUCAAUAGAUGCCACUUGAUAGAUACAAAUCACAAUGUAGACAAAAUAAAAAACCUUAAAUAUCUUCUGGAUCCAACCUUCAACAAAAUACGUCACUUACGUAAAUUGAAUCACAAAAGUAUGGUCUGCUGCGGUAAACACGAGGGAGAAAAUCAGGGUAAGAAUUUAAAUCAAUUUAGAUUCAUUUCGUAUCAGAAUUUAAAAAGUGAUAUAAAUAGUCGACGUACGCUCAAACUGAACGCUUUGUCGGAUCCCACGUUAAAUGUAGAUACUCCGUACAGUGGGAGUGUCGAUUUGGGUGAAGGACUUCACAAAGACACAUUACUACGCUUUAAUCAACGAAGAGACUCCGGUCUGGCCUCUAUGUCCGAUCCUAAUAUCAAAGCGAUUCAUCUUGUCAAGGCGCACAGUCAUCGAGCAGUGGUUCCCGAGUGCCACCGGUUCUCUGUACAGAGCCUAGAUCACUCCCGGUGUCUUAUUCAAUCCCGUAAGCCUGAUAGAAAAACCUCCCGGGACUUAAAUCCGGUGAAGACGAGGAGCGAGAUUGCUGCCAGAUGGAGACAGGCAGCAUCUAAACAGCUUACUGUCACUGCUAAUAAACUCUCGAGCUUCUUUCACCCGGAGCACCAUCGGCUGAGUAAUUUUAGCGAUCACCAGCUUACGAUCCCAUCACCCUCCUCACAUUUGCAGCCGCCCCAAAGAUGCUUCGACAGUCUAAGACACUCCGAGUCUGUCGGCUGCGGUAUCGCAGGAUCCAAACUUUUAGAGCCUAAGAAACUUAACAGCACUUUGACUGUUCCUAUAAUUCACUCGGAGCCGCCCAGUCCGCAAGUUGACUUCCCACCUUUAGCGGCACUGAGGGAAGAAGAGUCGCUGGAUGACCUGGAGGCGAUCAGACCUCCUCAGACGAGGCGAAACAGCUCUAAAAGCUCGGUAAGACACUCAGAUCCCUUUCCUUAUGUUUUGCUGAACAUCGAAGACUUUGACAAGGAAUUAAGCCCUGAGGCUUCUAGUUACAACGUCAGGUCGAUUGAUCCAGAUGAAUUGAUUGCUGCUUUAUCGAAAGCUCCUGCAGAGACUCGGUUUUCUAGUAGCAAUCUUUUUCCAGAACACGACUCGACGAGGUUUAGCUCGCGAAGACCCUCCGAUUUAAGGUGGUCAGAGGCCUCCAGAAGUCAAGAGAUACUCUCGAAUAUUAACGAACACCAAAAGUCACCGUCCUCCUACUCGGUAAAUAAUUGUCAGACUUGCAACAGCGGGAGCGAUCUUAAUGACGUAACUUGUUUGGAUUCAUUUAUGUGCCCUGACGCACUUAGUUCCUCGUUACGUGAGUCCUUUUUUGAAGCACCGUCAAAUCCAGACUCAGACGUCUUCACCUCGCUAGAAGACACCGAGAUUAAGGAGUCGGUGCCAGAUCCACGCAGGUGGAUUCUCCCACCUGUUCAUUCUUCCGUCACUUCUGUUAAUAAUAAAACUAUAAAUAAUAAUAAUAAUAAUAUUAAUUGUCGGGAAAAUGGUAUUAGUAAACGGCCGGAAAAUGAGUCGCGUCAAAGCAAGUCGUCGGAUUCAGUAAUGUUGAGGUGCCGGCACGCCUUUCUGUGGCUGCAGAUGACGGGUCACAGAGGGAAAAUUAGUCUCAAUUCCAGCAAAAAUGUGAUAAUGAAUAGCUCGAAGAAGAAAAUGAGAUUAGCGCCGUUGGCUCCUUCUACACCCAUUGACAUUUGUUCACCCUCUGUAGAGAUUAAGGGCUCAUCUGGUAUUGGAGUUAAAGUGUAAACCUGCCGAGAAAGAACAAUUAUUUAAUCUUUGAUGUCUUUUUCAAUUGUACAAAGAAGUAAUAUUAAUAUUGUAGAGUACUUACUGUUGAGAGACGAAGAUACAAUUAUCAAAGUGUAAAAUCAAAAAAUAUAUGUUCGGUGAUAAGAAAUUGUUGUGUCGAUAUGUAUUAGUUUAAAUAAAAAUCGUCCUAAUGUAAUAUUAGAGGCUACUUGUCCUAAGAAAUGUAUAUUAAUUUAUGAAUAAUUUUUUAACAAUGUUGGAAUGGGUUAAAAUCGUGUCAAUUAUGACCGAUUACUGUGAUAGAAGUUAAAUGAAAUGAUUGCUGUACCUGUAUAAAAAAUAUAAAUAAAUGAUAUAUGUUAAUAUGUAUAUUUAUUGUAAGAUAUAAUUAUUAAUUGAUAAUUUUUUCAUUAAUUAUUAAUUUAUUGUGCCAAUUUGAGCGAAUUCAAUUACCAAAGCUUUAAUUGCGACAGUUUAAACAUUGUGUUUGUAAUUAAAAGUUUCAAAUUAAAGAAGAAAAAAAUAAUUAAGGACCAAAAUAAAUAAAAUCGAAUAGUCGUAGCUCAAAAGUAAAUUUAAAAUACAAGAGUUACACUUAAAACUCUAUAAUGUUUUUUUUUACUCACUGAUUAAAAUUAUAUUGCAAACAAUAAGCUUGUACAUGGCGAACAAAUUUAAAUGUAACACAGAUGUAUCUUCAACAAUUAAACGCUGUUUGUAAAAUAGGCUUUUAGUAUUAUGUAUGACAACUAUUGAUUAUGAAGAUAAAUUUCAAAACUAUGCCAAAGGCCAAUUAAACAAACGUAACAGAGCUACUUUUUAUACGCAUAAGUAAAGCGCAUGUAUGUAUUUUCUCAUUAAACAGUUACCUGUUAACACUCACGUACCUCUAUAGAAUUUUCAGUGUUUCUGAUACUAAAAAUUCUAUACCAACUGCGUCCGAUACUUACAAUAAAGUUAAUAGGAAGGAUAACAAA